AUGUCAUCCGUAGACUUGAGUAUCCUGCGCAACGGCAUCCCGGCCGAGCUGCCGGCGCACCCGGGCAACCACCCCGACCCGACGCUGCCCAAGGCUCCGCACCGCAACAUCGACGGUCUGUCCAAGGACGAUCUCGUGCUGGCCGUGCAGAACGCGUUACGGUACUUCCCCGAGAGGUUCCACGCCACUCUGGCUCCCGAGUUCGCGCAGGAACUCAAGGACGAGGGCCACAUCUACAUGCACCGCUUCCGUCCCGUGCAGUACGAGAUGAAGGCGUACCCCAUUGACCAAUACCCGGCCAAAUGCAAACAGGCAGCUAGUAUCAUGCUUAUGAUCAUGAACAACCUCGACCGUCGCGUUGCACAGUUCCCCAACCACCUGGUCACUUACGGUGGCAACGGUAGUGUCUUCCAGAACUGGGCACAGUACUUGGUGGCCAUGCGCUACCUGUCCGAACUCACGGAACAGCAGACGCUCGUCAUGUACUCUGGUCACCCUAUGGGUUUGUUCCCUAGUCGUCCUGCAGCUCCACGUAUGGUAGUGACCAACGGUCUAAUGAUCCCCAACUACUCCACACGCGCUCAGUACGACAAGGCCUACGCUAUGGGUAACACCCAGUACGGUCAGAUGACUGCUGGCAGCUACUGCUACAUUGGUCCGCAGGGUAUUGUACACGGUACGACCAUUACUAUCGACGAAUCUGCAGUGAAGAAGCGUCACGAACAGGGCUGGGUUGACGAGGUCGUGAGCGACCUGGACGCCUGUGUCGUUCGUAUCCGUGAGGCAAAAGCCAAGGGCGAGGUGGUGAGCUUGGCGUACCACGGCAACGUCGUCACUCUUUGGGAACGUCUCGCCGACGAGGCUGAAGCUACGGGCGAGCUGCUCGUGGAGCUCGGCUCGGACCAGACUUCCCUACACAACCCGUUCAACGGCGGCUACUACCCGGUCCAGUUGUCGUUCGAGGAGUCUCAGCGCGUCAUGGCUGAAGACCCGGAGCGCUUCCAGGAACUGGUACAGGAGUCUCUGCGUCGUCACGCUGUCGCUAUCAACCGUCUGACAGCCAAGGGCAUGCGGUUCUGGGACUACGGUAACUCGUUCCUAUUGGAGGCACAACGUGCCGGCGCGGACGUGUUGCGUCCCGGUGUUAAGCCCGAGGAGGCUGCUGUCUCGACUACUGCCUUUAAGUACCCUAGUUACGUUCAGGACAUCAUGGGCGACAUUUUCUCGCUUGGUUUCGGUCCGUUCCGCUGGGUCUGUACGUCGGGUGACCACGCGGACCUGCAGAAGACAGACGCCAUUGCUGCCCGUGUGAUGCGCGAGCUGCUGGCCGAACCGGAAGUGCCGGACCGGGUCGCGGCUCAGCUGCGUGACAACUUGCGCUGGAUUGAGGCUGCAGAGGAGAACAAACUGGUCGUGGGAUCGGAGGCGCGUAUCCUGUACGCUGACCGUGUGGGUCGCGGCACGAUCGCCAUGGCGUUCAACGCCGCUGUGGCUAGCGGCGAGCUCUCGGCACCCGUCGUGCUCAGCCGCGACCACCACGACGUCAGCGGCACCGACAGUCCGUUCCGUGAGACGUCGAAUGUGACGGACGGCUCGGCUUUCUGUGCCGAUAUGGCGGUGCAGAACGCGCUGGGCGACGCCGCUCGCGGAGCUACGUGGAUCGCACUGCACAACGGCGGCGGUGUCGGCUGGGGCGAGGUCAUGAACGGUGGCUUCGGAAUGGUACUGGACGGCUCGGAUGACGCGCGCGAGAAGGCGGCGUGCAUGCUCGGCUGGGACGUCAACAACGGCGUGGCACGUCGUGCGUGGGCGCGCAACGCCAACGCGCGCUUCGCUAUUGAGCGCGAGAUGAAGGCGGACCCUUUGCUGACGGUGACGCUGGCUAACGAGGCCGACGACGCGAGCGUGCGUGACGCUGUGAGCAAGCUCUUCUAG